CCGCCGUCGUGUUUGCCCACGGUGGGUACAUGGGCAACUACUUCCAUGACUUCGCCGACUUGAUCGUUCCCCUGUUCGCGACGGCACGGCAGUUCCAUGGAGAAGUGCAGUUUCUCAUAGCCGAUUAUAAGAUCUGGUGGCUCUUCAAGUACCGCCACAUCGUCGAAAAGCUUACUAGGUACGAGAUCAUCGAUUUGGACAAGAACGAUCGAGUCCUCUGCUACCCGCUUGUGUUCGUCGGCCUGCACAGCCACGACGACUUGAAGGUCGACCCUGCAAGAACACCAAACGGGUACUCCACCGCUGACUACACCGAGUUCAUAAGGAUGGCUUACUCGCUCGUAAGGGAAUCCGGCAUUAGGAUGGGAGAACAGGCGGGCAAGAAACCGAGGCUGCUGCUCAUAGCCAGGAAGGGCACCAGGAAGUUCACCAACGUCAAAGAGAUCGUUCGGAUGGCCGAGGAGUUGAGUUACGAGGUGGUGGUGGCAGAUGCGAAGUUCGAAGCCAACGUGAGCGAGUACGCAGCGACCGUGAACUCAUGCGACGUGAUGCUCGGCGUGCAUGGCUCCGGGCUCACUAAUUUCUUCUUCCUGCCGACAAAUGCUGUGGUCAUCCAAGUCGUCCCUUUAGGUAACCUGGAAGGGAUGGCCAAACACGAUUACGGAGACCCUCCCAUGGCUGCCAAGCUGCAUUACCUGCAGUACACCAUCAGCCAAUAGGAAAGCACUCUUUCGGAGCAGUACCCGAGAGACGAUCCCGUCUUUAGAGACCCGGACUCGAUUCACAAGCUUGGAUGGCUCGCGAUGGCGAACAUAUACAUGAAGAAACAAAAUGUCAAGAUUGAUUUGAACAGGUUCAGACCUGUCUUGAAGAAAGCUCUCGAUCUGCUUGGGUGAUGGCAAUGUCAGUCGGCCCUAUUGUGGUAGUUCGGUCAUGUCUGUCGAUUGGAUUCUAGUCUUUCAAUGUCCCUUUUCUAUGGGUCAGUGAUGGGUUCCUUUAAGUUUAUUUUAAGCCUAAGUUUGCGUGUUCUAAUGGACUUCGUCCACUUUGUGUGAUACUAAAUCCAAAGAUAGCUUCUUCAUCGAUGCAUAGCUGGGAAUCCGAAAUCAAUGAGCUCAUCAGUAGCAACUGGUGACAUACAUUUAAUAUUCUUUGCCUGCAUCUCAUUUCUGACUUGGAACUUUUUUGAUCCAAUUAGCACCCCCAUUGCAUGUCAGAAUUCCUGCGCAGGCACGUUCAUUUUGAGGCAGUGUGUGCAGUCUUCUCGAGGUUUGCGGUUGGAG